AAAAAUGGCUACCCAUUUAAUGAUUCUUGAUGACAGCGUCCAUUUGCCGAAUUUGAGAGUUUUAAAUUAAAGAAAUUUAAUUAAAAUAUUAAAUAGUGCUUCCAAAAAUUAUUUUAGUUGCAAAACCAGUUUUUUAAGGAAAGUAUGGAUGAAUCUCUUCCAUCCAAUGAAAAUUCAAAACCGGAUGCUAUUCCCCCUGAUCAAACAGAACAUGAUGAUGAUAGAGCUCACUCAGCAUCUCCAGAAAGGCAGCAAGUAGAAACUGAAAAUGUUAUUUCUCCUGUUUUAAAUGAAGUGGCAAUAGACAACAGGCAUGGUAAUUCUGUUGAUGAAGGUAUGGAUACGGAAGAAAGACCAGUAAAUCGAGAUAUUAACGAGGGCUUCCUAGAUGCCGAAGAAGUUAUGAUUCAGCGCCAUGCUAUGCUUUCUUCAGAUAUGAUAAGCCAGGAAAAUGAAUCUUCUUUUAGCUGUAAGUAUCCAGGCUGUAAUUUCACAUGUACUGAUGUCGAAUUGUACCUGAAACAUGAAGAUACGCAUGUUGAUGGAGGAACUGUUGUGUGCGAUGUUUGCAAUAUGCGAUUUGCAACUUAUGCCAAUAUGAGACGUCAUCGACUGCUUCAUUUGGGAGUUCGGCCAUUUGAAUGUCAAACUUGCUCAAAGCGUUUCUUGCGUAAAGAUCAGUUCACAGAACAUUUGUCGAAGCAUUCUAAACAGCGGCCAUAUCGUUGUCCUUUCUGCAGUCGAAGUUUUAGUUUUCGUCCUCACUUGAAAUCGCAUCUUUCUAGCGAACAUGCUAAUAUUGUUCUUGAUAAAACUUGCCGUUUGUGUGAUUUUAAAGCCUCUUCUCCCAGUGGUGCUAAGGUGCAUUUUGCUAUGUGUCAUCUAAAGCAGACCUUGGAGGCCUCUGAUGUUGAAUCUGAUCGAUCUCAUGAACUUAUUGGAAGUUCACAAGCUCAUGCAAGCCAGACUGAAAAUGGUGCCAUAGAUCUUGCUACUGUGUCUCAGAAUUUUUCUUUUAUGGCUGCUACUUAUCCUCCAUUUCCAGCGACAGCUAGUGAUAACAGUGUGGUUGUUCCUGGGCCUUCUGACUUAAGUCGUACAUCAUCAAAAGUGAUACGAAUGCCUACUCCCGUUUCAGGACCCCGUGGUUUGAUUCAUCACAACAUUGAACAAAAUAUGGUAAUGCCCAUGCAGGAGGAAGAAAAGAGGCAUACUUGCGUAAGUUCCUUAGCUGGUUCUACAACUGUAGUUAGUCCAACUACGUGCCAAGACAGGCCAUGUUGUAGACCUGAGGUACAGCGUGUUGACUUUCAGUCUCGAGAUAGGGUGUGUGUUAAACCAGAACCACCUGAACUUUCAGUUGAUGAUAGCCAAAACAGUAAUGUUCAGCCAACAAGUACAAUGGAUCUUUCUACUACAGAUGUUGUAGAAACUACUUGUGUUUCAGCUGAAGCUUCUGGUUCAUCGGAAAUACCAUGUCGACGGAAAUCUCAUAAACAUUCAUCAGGUGAGGACACUGGUUCAGAGAAUCAUAGUUCGCCAUCAAAUAGAAAUUGCCUAGAUUCGCAGAGUGUACUUCAGCCAAGAAUUGCUCAUACUUGUUACAGGUUGCGACAGUGUGAAGAUAGCGGUAGCCAGCGUUGUAGGGAAUAUUCUAGACAUACCUGCGUAUCACAUCGUCAUAAUCAAGCAGAAAAGAGACCUAGAUUUUCUGAAAGUGAUGGUGACAGGAAUAUUCAAAAUGAUCAUUCAGACGGUGAAGAACGUAAAGUAUUUUAUAAUCGUGCUACAUCCACUAAUUCAUUAAUUCCAACUGAAAUUCAUGCUCCCAGAAUUCUUCGUCAUGCUUCAUCUACAUUGCACAAUGAUAGCGGUGCUUGUGCAUCUGAAUCUCGUGCCGAGUCUAAUUAUUUUGGACGUAAAAGUACCAUUGUAAUACGUGAUAUAGAGAGUUGCACACUUACAUGCCCUUAUUGUGGUAUAAUUUUUCCAGAUCAAACUUUGUAUUUUUUGCAUCGCAGUUUGCACUCGGAGGCAAGCCCUUGGAAGUGUAAUUUGUGUGGCAAAAGUUGUAAAGAUAAGUAUGAUUUUAAUUCACAUGUUAUAAGUAAAGGGCAUUAUUAACUUCAGACCAAACUGUACAUACUGUUUAUUAUAGCUCAAUAAUUCAUAAAUCCAUAGCUAUAAGUUAAUCAUUUCUUGUUCAAGUUGCUAUGUUACAAAUGUCCCCGUUUUAUCAUUCUCACAUACUUCCAAACACCUUAAACAUUUAAUGUGCUAUUAAUUCUUUUAGUAAUCAUACUGAUUGAUACGCACAUAAUAAUUACUUAAUUUUUGAAAAAUCUUACUUGAAUUUUCUACGUAAAGUUUAAUAAAACUUUGCUAUUCUUGAUUCUUAGCAUUUAAGACAUAAAUUUUCCAUUUAGGAUAUUGUAAUCUGUGUAUUGACAGAAAGCAUAUGUCUGAGACUUCGUUUUAUGACUUAGUUUAAUGAUAGCAUGAGUUUUAAAAGAGGUGCUAUUAUUAAGGCUGCUUUGCAACAGCAGCACUUCCAUAUAUAUGUGGUUUUAAAACUAAAAAUAUGUGCAGUGGUAUAUGUGCAAUAUUGGACAGAUUUUGCUUAUGUUCCAAAUUCUGUUCUUGGGACCAUUGCACUAGGCAUCUUUUUAGUGUUUACUGUUUGCUAAAAAUACCUAGCAACAAAAGAAUAAAAAGCAUACAUUAUUACUUGAGAACCUUAAUUACCUUUCUCUUUAAUGUCUGCAGAAAAUGAGUAUUUACUGCAAUUUUAAAAAUAUAAAAUUAAUUCAAGCUCAACUUUUUAUGGGGUGAUGUGAUAGGUAAAUUAAUUUUUUUUUUUUUAAUUCUAUGUGAAUUUUUAAAAAUAUUGAUAAAUAGUAAGGUUUAUAAUGAAAUUCAUUUAAAAUAAAAUUUAAGAAUGUGACUUGGGUAACUGUAUUAAAAUAAUUUAUCUUGCAUAUAUUUAAGUCAUAAUUCUAUUACUGUAAAUCACAAAUCAAUUGGAGUGAAAUCAAAGGUUGUGUGGAUUUUAAUAGGUUUUAAAGGAGGGGUCAAAAUAAAUUUUUAGAAAAUGAAGAAAGGCACAAAAGGCAGUUGAUUCCUUUUUGAUAUUUUUAGUGAAAAUGAGCCAUGUUAAAAGGAAAUAAAGAUGACAGUAUGAAAAAUUAUCCAACACCCUCCCACUCUAUAUAUUGUAGUAGUUUAUUUUAAAACUUAGGAGUUUUAGAGGUGUGUUUUCUUUUCAUGUUACUUACAGCCAUUACUUCUACAGCUGUUAUAAAAAUUUAAAAUUUUCUUUUUGUUUUCCAAUCAAUGCCAAACUUUUAUGAUCAGAAUUUUCUUGUAUUUGAAGCAUUCAGUGAUUUGUUAAUGGUCUUAAUUUAAAUUUGUGUUACCUUUAUGAAAUUUUAUUUCUUUUAUGUAAGGAAAAAAUUAUCAAUCUUUCUUGGACACGCUCAUUAAAUUAAAAAAAAUUGACCGGUAUUUUAUUCAUUUUCAAUAAAAAAUAGAUGUGGCUAUCGUUUGUUGUCAAGACUGACUUUGACUUGGAAGCAGUUUUUUAUUUUGUAUUUUUGCUAUCUUAUUAACAGCAGAUUUCACUGUUUGUAUUUAUAAGGCUGUGUGAAUUAUAGAUUGGCAGAUUUUCUGCAUGUAUGAAAAAGUCAUAGGCAUGAUAGUCAGUGUUCGGUUAUUUAAAUACUUACUGUCUGUUAAGAAAAGUUGUUGCAUAUAUAUGCUGUAAAUUUCCAAAAGAUGUAAUCCUUUCAUAAUGCUAAAUGCUAUUUUAGUUUUAAUUAUGCAAAUUUAAUUGUUAUUAUUGGUAGAAAACAAAUAUUUUGUUUGUGCAUAUUUUAAAACAAAUACCGUGUUAUGUAUCAAAAUAUUGCAUGCAGCAGUUACAUUCGUGUCCCUGUAUUUUAACUUCACUAGUCUUAUUAGUCACAGCCCAAAAUUUUUUUGGAAAUAUGGUAAUUGGUUAUUGGGGUUAAGAACCAUAGCCAAGGGAAAAGGUCAUUAUGUAAUGAACUGCUAUAGUCCAAAUCAGUAUUCUAAUUAUUUCAUAAUUAUUUUAUAGGUCUAACUUUUUUUUAUAGCUGCAUAGUGUGAAAAGUAGAUAUACCUCUGGAACUGCACAGAAAGUAAUUUGCGUAGAUGAAAUGUUGUCCCAAAAGUACACAAUAUUGGGUACUUUUCCAUUUUGCCGGCGCAAGCAAUAAAGUCGCCAAAAAUGGUACAACCGAUACCAAACGGAAUAUCCUCUCUGGUAACCUUUUACCCCUCAUUUUCAGUAAGUCGCAGUAAUUUCUUAUCAGAUUGUUUCUCUCAGUACUGGUGUACAAUUACAUAGAAUUUUUACCAGAUACUUCAAUUUUUUGCCCUAAGGCCAUUCGUGGUAAUUAAGUCAAUUAGGAUGCAAUCACACC